AUGAGCGACUCGGAGCGCGACGCGGGCCCCGGGGAGGAGGAGGAGGAGGAGGAGGAGGACGGGGAGGAAGAGGGGGAGGAGGAGGAGGGCGAGGCGGCCGGGGCGGAGUCGCGGGGCGGCGGCCGCCGUGCUCGGGGCCGCCCGCGGCUGACGGAGUCGGACCGGGCCCGGCGCCGCCUGGAGUCGCGCAAGAAGUACGACGUGCGGCGGGUGUACCUGGGCGAGUCGCACGGGCCCUGGGUCGACCUGCGCCAGCGCAGCGGAUGGAGCGACGCCAAGCUGGCCGCCUACCUGCUGGAGCUCGAGCGCGAGCAGCGCGCCGGACGCCGCGGGAAGCCGUGGGAGCAGAUGCCUUAUGAGCCACAGCGGAAGAAAAGAAGAAGGCGGAACGUGAACUGCCUGAAAAACACAGUGAUCUGGUAUGAGGACCACAAGAACCGCUGCCCCUAUGAGCCGCACCUCUCAGAGCUGGACCCCACCUUCGGGAUGUACACGACGGCUGUGUGGCAGUGCGAGGCGGGGCACCGCUACUUCCAGGACCUGCACUCGCCCCUGAAGCCCCUCAGCGAGUCUGAAAAUGAGUGUGAGAACGUGGGCAACGGCGCAGGGGCUGGGAGCUCCGGGCCCUCAGAGGCGGGUUCCAGCUCUGAGUCGGAGGAGUUGUCGGAGAGCCAGAAGGCCCGAGCCCAGGGAGGGCAGCAACAACCCGCAGAGGCAGAAGUGGGGCGUGCCAGCGGGCUCAUCACGCAGGAGGGCAUCCACAUCCCCUUCGAGCACCAGAUCGAGAACCUGACCGCGGAGCAGGGCACCGGCGUGUGCCACCACCCGCCCCUCGGCCCGGAGACCAUGGAGACGGUGGUGUGCGUGCCCAUGCAGAUGAGCUCGGGACACGGGGCCCUCUUUGAGAGCGUCACGCAGGAGGCGCUGGGGGAGGUGGUGGCCAGCUGCCCUGUGCAAGGAGUGAUGCAGGGCUCGCAGGUGAUCAUCAUCGCCGGGCCCGGCUACGAUGCCCUGACCGCCGAGGGAAUCCAGCUGAACGUCACCAGCGCCGGAGGGGAGGAGCUGCCUUGCGCCAUGAUCGAGGGCGUGGCGGCCUACACCCAGACAGAGCCUGAGAGCGGGCAGCCGAGCACCACGGAGGGCGUGGAGUAUGCUGGCACCAAGAAAGAACACGAGGAGCUGCUCGAGCUCAAAAAAGAGGAGCCCCUGCCCCUAGCGGAAAUCGACACCCUCGACUCAGGGGCAGCCGGGGACGGUGUCGGGGAGCCAGAGCUGGAACCUGAGGAGGAGGCCGAGGGCAACCACGGGUCCUCCAUCAUCUAUGAAAUCCCAAAGGAGCCGGAGAAGAGAAGGCGGAGCAAGCGGGGUCGCAUGAUGGAUGCAGAUGGCAUGCUGGAGAUGUUCCACUGUCCCUACGAGGGAUGCACCCAGGUCUACGUAGCACUUAGCAGUUUCCAGAAUCACGUCAACCUCGUUCAUCGGAAAGGGAAGACAAAGGUGUGCCCCCACCCAGGUUGCGGCAAGAAAUUCUACCUGUCUAAUCACCUCCGGCGACACAUGAUAAUUCACUCAGGAGUCCGUGAGUUCACCUGCGAAACGUGCGGCAAAUCCUUCAAGCGAAAGAACCACCUGGAGGUUCACCGCCGGACUCACACGGGAGAGACCCCUCUGCAGUGUGAGAUCUGCGGCUACCAGUGCCGGCAGCGGGCCUCUCUCAACUGGCACAUGAAGAAGCACACCUCUGACGUCCACUACAACUUCACCUGCGAGCACUGCGGCAAGCGCUUCGAGAAGCUGGACAGCGUCAAGUUCCACAAGCUCAAGAGCCACCCGGAUCACAAGGCCGCCUGA